AUGAGGUUUGCAUCUCCCUCGAAGGUCCUCGUGGCCUCGCUCUGCGCAGCUGGCGUGCAGGCCGCUCCUGCCAUCGACCAGCUCGUCUACAACUCUCCCGCUCCAUCUGGCCUCGAGGCUCUCACCUUUGGUCUCUCGUCCAAGCUCUCCUCGGCCUUCAACAAUGUCCUCUCGCACGUCUCGCGCCCCGCCGCGGCCACCUACGAGGACGAAGGAAAGACCAUCUGGGAAGUCAUCAACGCGGACGAAGAGUUCAAGCAGCUCGCCCACGUCCUCAACUAUUCUUCGGAUGCCACCAAGGACAUCCUCAAGAAGAAGCAGAAUCUCACCUUUUUCGCUCCCCUCAACUGGCAUCACCACCGCGAUGGCGGCGAUGACGACAAGGACGCCUUCUCCGACUUGUCAUUCGGACCUGCUUCGAUGCAGGAGUGGGGCCGUAUCCAGAAGCAGAUCGCCGACUACGAGCGAGACUACAGCGCCGAGUCCAGCGACCACGACGACGAUGACGAUGACAAGGAGAAGAAGCGUCGCCGCGAGCUGAUCCGUCACCUCAUCGACGCUGCUGCCCUCUACCACCUGGUUCGCUCCGACACUGUGCUUGACGCCAAGGCCAUCGCCGACAACUCGAGCGUUGCUACGCUGCUCAACACCGGCAAGUCUCACGCCAACAACGAUGGCACCGACUGGCGUGUUCGCACCGGCAAGAGCCUACUCCCUCUCCCUGCCGUCUACCUCAACUUCUAUUCGCGCAUCGUCAAGCCCGACAUCCGCACGAGCAACGGUAUCAUCCACGCCAUCAAGUACCCUCUCAUGCUGCCUCCCGAUGUGCUGCAGGCGCUCUUCUUCGGCCAGACCACCUUCUCCACCUCGACGUCGGGUCUGCAGAAAGUGCAUGCUGCCAAGUAUCUCACCUACCGACCUUGGCACUCGCACCACGGCCACCGCCAGCACCAUGGUCACGAGCACGAUGGCAAGCACGCCAUCUCGGCUUGGCACCACGAGACCAAUGGUACCUUCAACGGCGUCCCUGCCGAGACGGUCUUUGUCCCCUCGAACCUGGCCUGGUCGCGUCUGCCGUUUGUGUUCCGCGCCUACCUCUUCUCGCCCUGGGGCUACCACCUGCUCCAGAAGGUGUUCAUGCUCCACUCGCUCCCCUCGGACAUUGUCUACGCCGAUUUUGUGCACCAUGUCAAGCACUCCGGCAAGGCGGCUCCCGAAGCGGUGCACACGACAGUUGAGGGCGGUCGCGCCAACAAGACCUCAUACACCUUCGACACGGUUUUGCCUGCCAUCCACGGCAAGAAGGGCGAGUUCGAGACCCUCGAUGUCGACGUCUAUCGCUACUACCUGCUCCCCGGUGGAAAGGGCCCGCUCCAGACCAGGAUGGUGGUGCAGAACGUCUCGAUCAUUCUGCAGGACAUUCCGGCUAGCAACGGUGUCUUCCACACCAUCGACAGGAUUCUCAAGCCCAAAGGUCAUCCUGAGAAGGGCAUCUGGGCCGAGGUCGCUGCUGCCGCAGAGGAGGCUGGCUUUGGUACCGUCGACCUGCACGCCGAAGCCCAGGCUGACUUGUGGUAA